UUCAUUUAAAAUAAGAAGUUGUGAAAAAGAUUUUUUUACCGAAUAACGUUGACGAUUAUUUAAAACGAGAUUUUCAUCAUUUGUAAUCACUUAAUAUUACACAAUCAAGUAUAAUAAACGCGUAAUUUUUCAAUAAUUACAGAAAAGAAAGAGAAAAAUUAAACCAGUUUAAUUAAAAAAAAAACAAAAAAAAAAACAAAAAAUGCAUAAUUAUAAGAUUUUAUUAUUCACGGUCAUUUUGACCAUAACAUUUACAACAAUUUCUGGCGGUGCAUUAUGUAGAGCAGCCGAAAAUAAAUCAAGUGAUGAAAGUAGUGAAGUAAAACAAUUCUUUAAAGAUGCUGGUUGUACACUUGAAAAAGGUGCUAAAAAAGUAGCUGAAGGUGCUAAAAGUUUGGGUGGAACAGUUAAAGAAGGUGCCAAAAAAAUAACUAAUAAAAUAAAAGAUGCAUUUUCAAGUGAUGAAACUACAACACCAUUACCAGAAGAUCCAAAUGCAUAUAAAUUAGUACCAUUGGCACCAUUCGAUGAUACAUCAAAUAAAUGCCCAGAAGGACAAAGACUUGAUGCUAAAGGAGUUUGUCAUCCAAUUUAAGAAAGUUUUUUUGGAAUUAAAAUGAAAUUGAAAAACAACAACAACACUGUGAAUAAUUAAAUAAAUGCUUUUAUUUUUAUAUAUAUAUAUAUUUUUUUUGUUGUAAAUUAAGUAUAAUUUUUUAAUGAAUUUUUUUUUUUAUUAUUAAAUAGACACAAUGUUUGUGGUAGUA